CUUCUCAACCCCCACCAACACCAUCAAUACUUUCACCCCACCACAAGUUGCACCCUGGAACUUCAUAUAUCACAAUUCCGAACGGUACGCAUUUUUUACCCGUCCUCAAACUGCUUUGGUAAAGUUCCAAAUUUAUGAGCAAGACUAUUGCACUUUUCCACUGCUUUUGUUAGGGCUACCUAACAUACACCUUUCGACACGCAACAAGUGUUCAUUACUCUAACCAUUCAUCGCCUGAAUUCCGUUACGACAUUGCAGGAAUGGCGACUCAUACUGCUAUGGCCCAAGGCAGCAAUGCCUCCAUCCGAGGCUCACUUGAGCAACGCGUUGGCAUUAUCCAUUAUGUAUCACAGAAGGAACAUGGUUGGUCAGGGCAUACCCGGACAAGAUUCACUGAUUUCCAGGUCAAUGAGAUUGGCAAAGACGGUAAGGUCAUACAUCUACACGACCUUCAGACGAACGCCAAAGACUUAGCGAAGACCGAGCCUUCUCAACAGCCGACAGCGAAGCCCCAGUUUUCUUCAUCUCAGCUUCAACAAAAAAGCUCGACAGCUAGUAGUAAUGGUGCUACUACCGUGAAUGCAGAGGAGCCUAUUAACAUCUCUCAGUCUGAUCGAUCGACCUUGGUAGAACUCCUUGGUCAAACCACCACGGAAGAACUAAUUGACCUCUACGUUAAAGCCAACGUGGGCAAGAAACUGGCCUCUAAUACUCCUAUAUUUGUUAAGAUUUCUGCUAUUACCGAGAAGUCGCAAAGAUCUCGAGUCCAUACCGAAAUUCGCCGCAUCUUCAAUAGUAAGAUCGACACAUCCACCGACGGUGAUGGAUCUAUCAAGGCGGCACUUGUUGGCAGGGGCAAUCAACAAUGGGGCAAUCGUUACAGGAAUGAAAGACCCAGCCACAACGGACGGCAUGCUGGUCAGGGCAAUGACGGGAAGUUCCUGCACUUCACCCUCUAUAAAGAGAAUCGCGAUACUAUCGAGGCGAUCAACCAAAUCGCCCGUUUCCUCAAUCUGAAGCCCGCCUUCUUCGGCACGGCUGGAACUAAGGACCGACGUGCUGUGACCUCCCAGAGGGUUAGCAUACGAAGACGCAAUCCCCAAUCGAUGACCAGCCUCAACGCAAAGUUAUACGGUGUUAAGAUCGGUGAUUUUACUUUCGAAAAUUACCCAAUCCAUUUAGGACAGCACCGUGGUAACGAGUUUGUGAUCGUUCUCAAGAACUGCCACUUCAAUGGAACAGAAAACCUGACCUUCGAGCAAAAACUCGACAUCGCGAAUACAACCAUCACGUCUGCGUUAGAACAGGUCAACCAGAAUGGCUUCAUCAAUUAUUACGGUACUCAGCGAUUUGGUACGCACCGCAUAGGAACCCAAGAGAUCGGUAUGAUGAUCCUUAAGCAAGAUUUCGAAGGUGCGGUGCGAACUUUACUGUCUUUCGAUCCCGAUUUGAUAGACCCAUCCGAUUCCGGUUCCCUUGCGGUGACUCGACGUGAGGAUGCUGCCCGCGCGCGGGCUUGUUGGGUCUUCUCAGACACGGGCAACGUCCAAGAUGCCCUAAAGUAUCUUCCGAGACGAUGCCAUGUCGAAUCUACGCUGAUACGUCACCUCGGUAGACAGCCCAAGGAUUAUAUUGGAGCUCUCCUCUCGAUCAGUCGGGGAAUGCGAACGAUGUACGUCCACGCAUACCAAUCUUUGGUAUGGAACUUUGCCGCCAGCAAACGUUGGGAACUCUACGGCCAGCAAGUAGUCAAGGGAGACCUUGUUAUCGUCGAAUCCUCGCAAAGCGAUCACCAGACUGCACAAGAUGACGAAGAGACGAUUCAUCUCGUGGAUUCGGAUUCAGUUACCGAAGAAACACGUGGGCUCAAAGCACACGCUCUUACAGAGGAAGAGGCAAACAGUGGAGCAUAUUCUAUCUUCGAUGUCGUUUUGCCCUCUCCUGGCUGGGAUGUUGUAUACCCAGACAACGAGGUUGCAAAAUUUUACGAAGAUUUCAUGGCUAUGGAGGAGAAUGGUGGCCUAGAUCCUCAUAAUAUGCUUCGCCGGCAGAAGGAUUUUAGCCUUCCUGGUUCAUAUCGCAAGCUGAUAGGUAAAUUCAUUGGCACUACUACUGCCUCUGUCCGAACCUACACCAACGACUUAGAACAGCUUGUCCCAACGGACCUAGACUUAGUACAAAGUCGCAAAGCCAAAGAAGCAGCAGAGCGUGCUGCAGCUUCCAGAAGCACGAACGCUCCGUCAUCAGCUUGGCAAAGCUUUGUCAACAAUGUAGAAGACGCAGAGCAUCGAGAACUUCGCGCCAGGGCCGAGCGACGAAAGGCGGAGGAAACCUCCGUCGAACCAGAGUAUCAAGCAACAGAUACCUGGGUACAAACUUCAGUCGAUGGAAGUAACAAACGAGUUAAAGUUGCAACGCAUACCGACGAGGUUAAGCCUGAGACUCAAAACACUACAUCGCAGGAGAUAAGUGCAAGUGAGAUUCAGGUGGAUGACCACAUAGCAAGAAAGCCAGAUACAAUGGAUGGAACGCAAUCGACAAGCGAGGAUAAUCAACAUCCCACCGCCUCAAUUGCCACCACUAUAACUUCACAGACCGUUACCGAUGCUAUUACAUCCCAGGUACAACCCGGACAUCCUGUGACAUUCCCCUCGGAAAGCACUCACAUCAGUGCAUCUUCGACACUUGGCCAAGAAAUGCCAGGCGACAAGAAUGAAGACGGCGUAUACGCAGCGAAAAACAGUGAUCAAGCAACAGACACGGCCACUAGCGAUACCCCAGUGGCCCAAGUAACCCACACAGAAUCUCCUACUCCUACUGAUGAUAAGAAAAUAGCAGUAAUUCUUCGAUUCGCACUGAACACCAGCCAAUACGCCACGAUCGCCCUUCGUGAACUACAGGGAAUGCCCCCUGCAGACGAGGAUGCCGUCAACUCCUCUUAAAGAGAUUACCUUUAACCCCAGAGGAGGCAACUUUCUAGGGCAAUUCUUGUCAACUUGUAACUGUCUAGGUUUACAUUAUUGUCCUUGGACAUUGUUCACUAGUCUCCAAGUGAACUUGAAGAAUUCAGAUGGAAAGGGAUCGAUACAUAUCAGUCGGAGCUGAGAUAUUUCUCCAUCGGUAAGAUCCUACGUUCACGAGAGCUACUAACUCAACUUCCCGACUCAACGCGCGCUUCCUUCAACAAGCGAAAGAUAUGCGCAGUAAAAAUGCACAAUGGGUGGCGGGACGGCGGGCCCUAGGCUUACGAUUACUGCUGCAUAAUGAUGGAUGGUGGAUAUGAUCAAGAUACGAUAGCAUAGGCUUCAGGACAGGCCAUACGACCGCAAACAAGGCUUGCACAAGUACUUAUACAUAAUGAGAUACCCCGUUUGCUUCUGAGAUACUAAUUGAUAUUGGC